GUUCUUUUUUGCCUUUUCGACGAGCUCAAAAUGCAUGUUCUUUUUGCCCACUGCCCGGAAAGGGGAAUCUUGAAGAUGGACGCGACGUUGAGAGUUGGGAAACAACACGGUCAUGCUCUCCGCCUCAACAAAAAUCCAGGCUUCAGCAUCAGUUUGCCAUUCCUUUUUUCUCUAUACUGGUUAUUUCUUUCGCAUUCCCUCACGCGUAAGUCUAGAUGCUUGGUGACGCUUGCGAACCCUGUGGGAAAUUAGAAAAGGACCGUACCUCAUUACAUCUGCCUCGCGCUUUCGCUGGAAAAAGACAAAAAAGACGUCUUCUGGCUCCCGGACAUGCGAGCAGUAAGUCAGCCGCAAGCUGAGCCAUGUCCAAUCGAGCGAUUUUCCAUGCGGCACCGCCUAAUUUAACAUGUUCUUUCCUUUUGCUACAUGAUGACUCCGCAUUUCAGAUAUCGCAUCGCAUCAACGACGUUCUCGGAUCUCGAAUGAUGCUUCUGCUUUGCCAUCUUUUCAU